UCCUGCCGCGCUCCCUUGGCAACGCAGCCUUCAUACAGCGCGUAGUUUGUCGUGAUACAUCACGUCUUCUGAACCCGCGACAGAAGAAUGAGUUUUCGACGUGAACUCGCCGAAACGUCGUCUGCACCACACAGGACCGUCUCAGACGCAACCCGCAUUUCUCAUUCCUACGAAAUCAAGAGCAGGGCGCAAGAAAACAGUUCUCAGCUCUGCCUCACGGCGACGGCUCUCGUUCAACUAGGCCACCUGCCGAACCGCCACUGCUACUUCUUCCGAUGCUGCAACAGAACGGAAUGAGGCAGGGACGCGCUCAAACCGAGACAACGAUGCGGAAACUCUUCCGGUUACUGAGAACGGGCAUCUAGAGACUGAGUCGGAACCCCGCGUCAUCCCACCAGAGCGCACCCUCAAUUUCUCUUGGACCUUCGGCCUCGGUAUAAUUGUCUUUUACCUUGCUACUUUCAUUGUCAUUAUGGUCCUGCGCGGCGUGUUGCCCGUCAAGUCGCUCGUCUUCAGCUUCUUCGCAAACAUGUACCUCGCCGGAACUAUCAUCUUCGGCGGAGGUCCCGUCGUUGUCCCCCUGCUCGCGAAUACGUCGUCGCCGAAGGUUGGGUCACUUUGCACGGGCGGGCCGAUAAAGUAUGCGGGCGCCUCUGUGCUGCAAUACGUGGGUUGAACCGGCCGAGCCACGCAACGGCGGUAAGAACGAGCUGACCGCACGUGGGAUGGUGGUGUAAUUGCUUUUCCGGCGAUAGGGCUUGCGCGGCAUGUUGGAAGAGCGGACGGGGCUCUAUCGGCAGGGGCUACUGGGAGGUCUGCUCGGUGGUUCGGAGGCGCUAGCAACGGUGUGAGUGGGGCCGUGGCUUGCGGGAGGCCAGGAUGAAUUCCCUUCCCGCCUCCGGAGAGACCGACGAUUGUGUGCAGCAGACUAGGCUGGAGAUGAAUCCUAAGGCGGCUCGGCAGAUGGAUGAUUGGCAGAGACACGAGAGAUUGCGAGAGUGGUUGCCCAAACUUUCGAUAGUUCCUCCUGUUUGUGGUGUAGCCCUUUUUUAGGCCUACUGACUGGCUGCGAAGAAUGGCCGAGUACCGCGGAAGCCAUACUACCAAACCCAUGGGCCCACCUCUUGAAAUACAUCAAUUGCAUAUAAACGAGGGAAACCUGCUAUCUCGAAAGCAGGAGACAAAAGAGACCAGCAGCGGUGAACCAUGGCCUCCCCAAUCUCUCCAAAGCGAUUUGCCUUGCUCGUCGGCAUCGACCAGUACUCGAGCGAUGGCUCAAGAAAGGGUGAAAAUGGAAAAUCGCUCUCUCUUGGAAAUCUUCGCGGCUGUGUCAACGACGUCCGGGCGAUCGCAGACUUCCUUCGAAAUGAACUCCAACUGCAAGAUCCUCGCAUCCUUCUUUCCCCAACCCUGUCGAGCUCCUCCGCUCCUACAAAGCCAACAGAUCUUCGGCCCACGUUCGACAACAUCAAGAAGGAAUUCGACAGCGUGGCCGAGCAGGCUGGUCCUGGUGACCUCUUCUUCUUUCACUUCUCUGGGCAUGGCGCACGGCUGCAACCGACAAGCAAAUCGCCCCCUGGGAGGUCGACAGACCCGUCUCUGAUGACGAUGGACUUUUGCUGCGGAAAGCCUGCAGUGAGGGGAUGGCAGUUGAACGAAUGGCUGAAAAGGCUCAACGAGAAAAAGAUUCGGACCAUUGUCACCCUCGACAGCUGCCACUCUGGCGGCGCCUUCAGGACCGGUGGAAGUUUUCGAACUCCGGAAGGCUGGACAACCAUCCCCAACCUUCCCGCCGACGAAGAGGCCAUCGCAGAAAUGGCUAUCGAAUCGGGCAGCCGUGAUGGCGAGCUGGAAACGUCUUGGUCCAUCAACCCAGACGGAUUUACGCUGAUGGCAGCUUGCGAAAGCCACGAGCUGGCCGCAGAGAAAAGUGUCAACGGAGUGUCUCACGGCGCAUUCACCAAUGCACUUUUGGCGUGCCUCAAGCAGAGCCGGCCAAGCGAGUCAAUCGUGACUUAUCGGACCCUGCGCGACCAGAUAGUCACACGGGUCAGCGGACAGACUCCUCGCGUAUUCGGUCGAGACAGGCUGGUGUUUUUCGGAGACAAGGAACCAUUCUCGGCAACACCCAUCGUCGUGAGACUUAAAGGAGAGAGGAUUUAUCUUCCUAUCGGAAAGGCUCACGGUGUCCGGGAGAGGUCCGAAUUUACAACUUUCCCACCUACAUCGCACGCAACAUUUUCGGUGGAUGACAUCGACGACUUUGAAUGCAGCGCUCCGGUGCCAUCGGCGGUCCUCCGCGAGCAGACUGUGCAACAGCACCACUAUCAGAUUGUCCCAUGUCGGUGGAGUUUGGGGAAUGAGGUGCUCCAAGUGCUUGCCCAUCCCAGCCUGGGGAGCGAAUUCCAGCAGGCGCUUCAUGCAGCUCUUCAGGAUACGAUUGUUGGAGACAUCGAGAUCACCGAAUCCAACGACAGCUACGGAGCUGACUCGGCCGUCUUCGGGGUGGCGAAGCGCGGCGAUGGCGGCAUCGACCUUGCCGGACCUCCGUCUUUGACCGGGUACGAAGGUCCGCUGCGCGGGUUGGACCUCACGGGCAACGUCGCUCAGCUGGCGUUAAAAUCUGCAGUGGCUCUAGCUCACUUGGUCCGGUUCGGGCAAAUCCUCAGCCUCAGUGGCAACGCCUCGCCGCAACUUGCGCCGUUCGAGCUGAUCCUGAAACCGAAGGAGAACCGGGGGCCCCGUCGAAGGGCCAGGGGAUACACUUUGUGCUGA